AUGUUAUUAAGAUCAUUUAAGAGUAGCUACAAACUUGAAAGUCCUCAAGAUAUCAAACUUAUUAUGUAUGUCAUCAUGUGGUAUUUAUUGCAAGCACUUCUGAAAGAAAUAUUUGCAGAAUUAAUUUUGGACUUUCGGCUGAACAUGGGUGUUUUAAGCUUAAAAGUCGAAUUUUCCGGUGGUGCGGAAUCGUUAUUCGAUAUGCAGAAAGAAUUUGAUAUUCGAAUACCAAAUGAUUCAGGGCCGUUGUUUGUUAGUGAUUUGCUGCGAUAUAUCAAUGUUAACUUAAUACCGGAUAAAUCAAGAUCUUAUCUACUGCUGGAUAAGAGCGGCGAAAAUGUACGACCUGGAAUAUUAGUGCUUGUUAAUGAUGUGGAUUGGGACUUAUUGCAGGGGCCUAAAACAAUCCUGGACGAUGGUGACGUCGUUUCAUUCAUCUCUACUUUACAUGGCGGAUGA